AUGAAAGUUGAAGAGGAAAAAAAAAAAAGCGAGCGGAGGCGUGAACUACGACGAAGAGAGAGAGACGGACAGAGAGACAGGAAGAGAGGAGAGAAAAGAAAAAAAGGGAAAUCGGCCGCAAGAACAGGUACCAGUUUACGCGGCAGGUGGGGGGUGGAGAGGGAGAGGGACGGGGGGGGGGAUGUUAUUCUUUUUUUGCGAUGGCGAUGGAGGAGGGACGGAGAGGGAGAGAAGAAGCUUACAAGCUGCAAAAGCCAGGCAGAGGAAGACGGCCGUGAGGAUGAAAAGAAGAGGAAGAAGAAGAAGAAGAGGAAGAAGAAGAAGGAGAAGAAGAAGACUGAAGACGGCGAGAUGGCGAGAAGCAAGGUACCACACAGGGCCGAACAGAAGGCCGGCGGAACAAAGGCAGCAAAUUAG